CGAAGGAGAUACACUUGGUUUCAUGAUAGUCUUGCCUCAAAAUAGUAAAACUAUGUUGACGCCGAACACGUACAAAGAUAGGCCGCUGGUUAAAUUCAAAAGUCACCUCUACUACGAAGACAAAGACCACGUUCAGGAGAGACUGAAAUCCCUCGAAACGCUUCAGGGCAGCAAGAUCAUUUAUUUCAAGAACGGAAACAGCCAGGGGGUGGCUUUCGAGGGUAUUUAUCGGGGUUCGUACUACCCCACAGUUUCUUUACAUAGAAACGUGACGGUGUCCGUGAAUUUCGGCCCCAAUUUCAAAUGCCCUCCCUCCACAGAGAAGUACAGUUAUAGGGCGAUGUCAGAAAGGGGGGAAGAAGCAAUCAGCGAUCAGACCUUGGCCGAUAUUAUCUACUUAACUGAAAACGAAGGGAAGUUGCGGCUGGAUAGCUUUGUUCUCUGACAUUAACGAUUUUAUUUCAUUUCGUGUAUUGUGUUUAAUUUUUUAAAAAAAUGUUAAGUUUUUUGGUAAAAGGUUGAAAUAGUUGACUGCAUUCGUUGUAUUUGUGCAAAAAAACGUAUUUGAUGAAGGUAGAUUUUUUUUUUACAUAAGAUGAGAAAAUAAAUAUAAUGUUGAAGUUCAGAUUGAAUCAUCAUCGUCUGUUCAACGCGAACUCCCACAUGUAACCAUUUGACUUCAGAGUGUUACUUCAAAAUGUGAAUAAAGUGUACACAAGGUAUAA